AUGACAGCUACCGUUGCACCAGAACCCGUAGACAAUGUUAUAAUACGAUCUAUAGAGCCAGUCGUUGAUUAUGGAUUUUUCCAGAUGGACGAGGAUCUUUUUCCGAUUAGAGCACCACACAAGUCGUUAUCCGGCGAAAUUUCACUAGAUAUGAGCAAUUUGGAGCAGUAUCUCGGAGGGAAGAAGCUAGAGAUUUACGAGGAUGGAGGCCGUGUUGGAUGUGGAGGAGUUCUGUGGAUAUCAGGCCAUCUUCUGGCUCUUUAUUUGCUCCAAAAAUGGAACUUCAUACUCGAGGAUCUCAGGAAAAAUCAUGGGGUUGCUCAAGUCCAUAAGGUUGUUGAAAUUGGAAGUGGAACCGGGGUAGUUGGAAUCGCUCUUGGAGCUGCAACUGUGGACCACAAAGAUCAGUACCCCGAGGAUUUCAAGGUAUAUAUCUCCGACAUUGACGAACUGGUUCCGAUAAUGCAAAAAAGUAUUUCCCUCAACAAAUUAGACGAAGUUGUUGAAGCGAUAUCGCUCCCGUGGGGAGAACCACUUCCCCAAUCCUGUUCCUCUAAAGUUGAUCUCAUCCUAGCUGCGGACUGUGUCUAUAACGAAAAGGCCUUUGAUAUCCUAGAACAGACAUUGGUGGAUCUGUCAAACGGAACAAAAAUCAAUGAGGACGGAUCUAAGAGAGACACGGUCAUAUAUAUGGCUAGUCGGAAGAGAAGAAAGGCUGAUUUAAAGUUCUUUCGCAAGUGCAAGAAAAGCUUCCAUAUGCAAGAGAUUGUGCACUAUGAGGGAUACGAGUUUUUUAGACUACAGAAUGUUCAUCUUUGGAAAAUGGUGCUUAAAAGGUGA